GAAAAGCCUUUUACCUCUUUUCGGUGAAUUUGAAUGCAAUGGCGAAAGUUGGGUGGAUAUAUCUGGCAUUCUUAGCGUUGCAAUUGCUUCAAUCUUUUGCUCAAAAUACAAAUUUGGAUGUCUCGGGGUGGCAGAGUAUUGAUUGUGGCACGAAUGAGACACGAUGGGAAGGUAUGCUCCAGUGGGACGUCGAUUCAGAUUACACUCAAACAGGAUCGAAUUCAAAUAUACUAGUACAGAAUGAAACAAUCAGGGAAGAGUUUAACACCCUCAGAUUCUUUCCAAACAGCACCCAAGAUAACUGUUACAUUGUACCUGCUGAGACACAAAUUAUCCGAUACAUACUACGUGCUGGAUUUUACUAUGGCAACUAUGACGGUCUCUCUAGCCCUCCCACGUUCAAUCUCUUCAUUAAUGAUGUAAAAUGGGCAACUGUCAACACGUCAAAAAAUAACGGUGAACCAUAUUAUGAAGAGAUCAAUUAUGAAAACAAUGGAUCAGGGUUUUUCAAAAUUUGCUUAGUGCAGAUAAAAGAUGGAGGAGUUCCAUUUAUCAGUUCAAUUGAAGCUGUGGUUUUAUGGGACAAAUUGUAUUCCCAGAUGGAGGAUAACGCGACAUAUAAUCUUGUCACUAGGACCAACCUUGGAGGGGAUGAAAUCAGAUUCGACCCUCUGAAAUUUGAUGAAAUGUACAACCGUGUAUGGAGCAAGGGAGUUACACCAUCUAAUUGCGACAACUUCAUUGGUUACACAGACGUGACUGCCACAAUUGAGAACUACCCUCCUUAUCUUGUACUUAUGGAUUCUGUUCAACCUACAGACACAGAUACAAUCAUUUUGACUGUUGAUCUUCCUCAAUCAGCCCCGCAAACAGCUUACUUUGUUUUCUACGUAACAGAACUAAAAGAAAAAAGUUCUAUUGAAAGAAGAGCUAUGAAACUAGAAAUUGCUGGGAAAUAUCAAGGGACUGUGGAAGCGCCAUCUAAAGGAGAGACCGCAGUAAUAACCAAGUAUCCAGUGACUGUAUCAGGUCCAACUAUUAAUAUAAGAUUGACACGCGACAAAAAUUCUACUUUACCACCAAUGAUAGCUGGGAUGGAAGUAUUCACAAAAUGGGAUACAGGUGCGAAUCACACAGAUCACUCGGCUGCAGCUGCUGGGGUAUAUAUAACAUCUGCGAUUUCGCUGAUGAUUCCUUUUGUAUUUUUAUUGGUAGCAUGAAGGUGGUAUAACACAUUGUGAAGCACAAUGGACAAUGGUAUCUUGGUAACUACAAUAAAGGUCACAUAUCUUUGAUAACUUAAACCUGGAAAUGACAAUUUCAUC